AUGGGAUGCGACCAAUUGAGGAAACUUCCAGAUAUUUCUGGGACCAUCACAGAGCUCGGAAUCACAGACACAUUGUUAGAUGAAUUUAAUGAAUCAAUUAGACACUGGUCUUGUCUUCAGUUGCUCUAUAUAUCUGGCAGUGUCACUCCAUAUCAAAGAAGCUUUCUAGCAUUAAUACUAGAUGGAAGUGGUGCAGAUUUUGAGAGAAUUCCAGAUUGCAUCAAAGAUCUUUAUGGUUUAGAAGAUCUUAUUAUAUAUGGUUGUCCAAAACUUGCAUCACUGCCAGAGCUUCCUAGGUCGCUCACAGGACUAAUGGUAAGAAAAUGUGAAUCACUGGAGACACUAGUACCUUUCCCUUUUGACUCUCAGAUUGAGUAUCUCUUUUUCCCCGACUGCUUCAAAUUGGGUCGAGAAGCAAAGAGAGUAAUUACCCAGAGAUCAUGGCAGGCAUGCCCACCUGGAAGAAGUAUACCUUCAGAGUUCAGUGACAAGGCUAUAGGAAAUUUCUUGGCCAUAUGUUCAAAUGCAUACCGAGUUAAGAUUUGUCUCGUGCUUUCCCCUAACCAAGAGAUGAAAGAACUUAAUGGUAGAAAAUUAAUGUGGCGCAUAAGCAUAAAUGGUUGCCUUAAGGAGAAUUGCAUAUUUCUUCUUCCCUUCACAAUCCAAUCAGAACAUCUGUCUAUAUUUCACUCUGAAAUUCUUCGGGAAGACCGACAGCUUGAACAAUACAGCGAAAUAUUGUUUGAAUUUAGCGCCUCAUCCAAGGACAUCAAAAUUAUUGAAUGUGGUGUCCAGAUCUUGAAAAACAAAACCAAUUCAAAACAACUGUUGGAAGACGAAGAUAGAAGUCUCUCUGAGAAGAGCUUUGAGAAAGAUGCCUCAGGAGUAGAGAUCAUUGAGGAUUCGCGAGGGAGCCUUGAGUAUGAUGCAUCAUGA